AUGGGACCAACACUUGGAUCGCACGCCCAGAAUCUAUGUAUACUCAUGGCGAGCGCGCAGAAGAAGAGAGAGCUGUGCGAUCUCGAACUCGUCUGCAAUGGUCAGACAAUCACAGUCCAUAAGCUCGUUGCCUGUUUGCAAUCUCCCGUCAUCAAAGCGGCAUGCACCGGCUCGUUCAAGGAGGCCUCUGGAAAAUACGAGAUGAAGGACUGCGAGUUUGCAAAUGUCCAGCGCAUGGUUGACUUCUUCUACAAAGGAGACUACGACGGCAAGACCGACAACCUCGAGGCGGUUCAGGAUAUGCUCAUCCACGUCGCCAUGUUCACGCUGGCCGACAUGUAUCUCAUCGACGGGCUGCGCACCCUCUCAGAGACCAAGUUCACGCAGGCUGUCAAGAAGCUAAAGGAGCCCGGCGUGAUCCCGCAGUAUGUCAAGCCUGUAUAUGACCUGCAAGCCGAGUGCAGCAAGAGUCUCCGCGACGUCGUCAUCGAGACUGUCAGGUUGAGAAUCACUGAGCUGCCGUUUGGCUUGGACAUUAAGCAGAUUCUGGAUGGCCUCAUGGGCGAGGUGCCCGAGUUUGCAAAGGACCUUGCCAUGUCGUACAUCCAACAGCCGCAGUACACGACGGGGCUCUUCGCCCCGUCCAGCGACAAGAAGAAUCCCGCGACGGCCGCUUCGAAGUGUAUGUUUGGGAGGACUACGGCUUUCGAUGAAGCGAUCGAUAAAGACGGAAAUAUAAAAAGUUUAUUUGGCUCAGUUGCGUCGACGAGGAAAGAUUGA